AUGGCUUCAUCAGCACAGAAGAUUAGGGUCAUUCGUCUGGCCUCAGUGCUGUAUCAGCACGUCGACGUCGAAAAAGCAGCCCAAUUCCUUAAAGACUUUGGCCUUCAAGAGGUGGCUCGGCAGGACGGACGUGUCUACUUUGCCGGUUUCGGUGUUGACCCGUACGUCUAUGCAGUUGAAAGAUCUCCCGGCUCACGCCGCGCAUUUAUUGGCGCAACCUGGGUCGUGGAGAACGAGAGUGACCUUGAAGUCGCUGCAAAUCACCCUGACGCUACUGCCAUUCAGGGCGAGAAAGGCCCUGGAGGUGGUAAAAGAGUAGACAUUGUCGACCCAAAUGGAUACUAUGUUGGAUUCAUUCACGGCCAAGUCCCAAGAAGCGAUGUUGAUAAUGUGGACAAAAGCCGGAUUGCUGACAACGGGAGUCGUUUCAAACGCUUCAAUUACGGGCCUAGUCCAAUUCACAAGCUGGGGCAUUAUGGAUUCAUGGUCCCCAAGGACACGUACGAGAAAACGCUGAAGUGGUACACUGGCCUUAUGAACCUAGUGCCUACUGACGCGGUUUUCGACCCUCAGACAAACAAAGACACGACUUGCUUCAUGCACAUCGAUAGAGGCAGCACUUUCACUGACCACCAUAGCUUUUUCCUCGGCGCCCAUCCGUUUAGUCAAACGCCUUUUGUUCAUCACGCUAGCUUCGAGGUUAAUGAUAUGGAUACUCAAGCUCUCGGCCACGAGUGGCUUUUGAAGAAGGGUUACACCAACUGCUGGGGAAUUGGACGGCAUGUCUUGGGCAGCCAACUAUUUGACUACUGGUUUGAUACCUCGGGGAACAUUCUUGAACAUUAUUGCGAUGGAGACCUGGUGAAUGAGGACACUGAAGCUACCCGGUCUCCCGAAGCACCAGAUUCACUGCAUGUUUGGGGCCCAAACGUUCCCCUCGGGUUUGUGACUGGCAGAAUUGAGGAUGCAGGGAAACUCGUAAUGCCAUCAGCGACUUGA